AUGCCACGCUGGAUACAGAUCGUAUUCGUAGAAACAUUGCCGAAGUACCUAGGAAUCAAAAAAGCUGAGGGAGAGGAAGUUAGCGAUCGCGGAAGUAUCGCAACGGACGUUGGUCAACUGGUGGACUCGCGUCGUCCUUCUCCCUACUUCCUGACUGUGCGAGGUAGCACGGACAUUGAAGAGAAGGAUAUCACCAGAGGGGAGCUGAAUAAAAUGAGAUUGUCGGAGUUGGCUCAUUUGCGCGGACUGCAUCCGGAUUUAAUCAGAAGAAUGGUCGACAACGUGUCAUUCAUUGCUAAUCACUUUCGGGCUAUGAAGAAGGAAGAUAAGAUAUCUUCCGAUUGGUCUUACGUAGCCAACGUCAUCGACAGGCUGGUUCUCAUAAUUUUUACGUUGGUCAAUCUAGCUGGAACCAUACUCAUUAUCCAGAACUCUCCCAUGUUGUUUGAUCACACGCAACCUAUGAAAAUUGGUGCUGCAACGAGGCCACUGUCCGGUGAUACUUUCGAAAGUGCAUUCGAUGCCAAUUUUACACAGGAGAGUUGGUGGAAGAACUCCGGAGGGCUUUGA